AUCCUCCCUGUAAAAACUCUGUGUAUAUCAGAGUUGGAGGAGCCUCUACCCUGUUCGAUCUGAUGAUAUCUCUAUAUUAACAGAUUAAAAGUACCAGAUCAUCACUGUGUGGUUCUUGAGGGUGACGGUGUUCGUUCCAGACAUGCUACAUUAGGACUUGUUAGGACCAGAUUUCCGCUCCAUCCACUACAGGGUGCGGCGCUGAUACUUUGUUUCUGUAAAGAACAUCUGGAUUAAAUAACAUGCUUUAGUGAAUAAAGUGUGUUUACAGCUGGAUUAACCGCAGUUUUACAAACCAGGACGGACACCGACAUAAGAACAGAUUUAAUCGUUUUUUAACUUUAUAAUCCUCCGAAUGUUCAGACCAGACAACUGGACCAGACCUGAAGACCUUCUGUCUGUAGUCACUGUUUAAUGUUGGAGAUUCUACAGACAAGAAACUUCACAGAAUCUUUAAGUGAUCAGACUAAAAUAAAGAGAAAGUAAAAGCUUCCUACAGUCAGGAUGAUGAUGUAAUAUGACACUAAACAGAUGGCAGCAGGACAUUAAAUUCACACUGGAAAUGUUCUUCUGUCUCUGAGAAAAUCUGCCAACACUCCACAAGAGUCUUCCAGACAUCAUGUCCCUCCUUUAUAUUUCCAUCUUAUGGGUCUGUGCCUGUGUGGACAGUGCAGAAUCUCUGGUUACUGUAUCAGCUCCAGUGGGUUCCACAGUCAUCCUGCCGUGUAAACUGACUGAAGACUUCAAACCAACAUCAUUUAUUAGGUGGCAGCUCAUUCAUAACGUUGUGUUUGAGAGAAACAGUGAUGUUACAUAUUCAGGUAAAGGAUAUGAAGGACGUGUGGAUGUUCCUGUGGACGAGCUGCGUAAAGGAAACUGUUCCCUGGUGUUGAAGAACGUCAGAUUUACUGAUGACAAAAUCUACAAAUCCUUUAUAGUGGUACAUGUGGUCAUUAAUAACAAUGUGGAAGUGAAACAAACGAAUGUUAAGCUCUCAGUCUAUGGUCUUCAGAUAUCAGCUCCAGUGGGUUCCACAGCUGUCCUGCCGUGUGAUUGGAGUCAUCUGUCCAUCAAAACACCUGACGUUAAGUGGUUUAUUGAUUCUGAGACUGUGUUUGAGCGAAAGGGUAAAGAUUCAUAUCAGGGUGAAGGAUAUGAGGGUCGUGUGGACGUUCCUGAGGACGAGCUGCUUAAAGGAAACUGUUCCCUGGUGAUGAAGAACAUCAGUGUUAAUGAUACAAGAAUCUACAGCAGCUCCAUGAUAAUUACAGACACACAGGAAUCUGUCUUGGUCCAGAAGGUUAAACUGUCAGUUGUUGAGGACAGUGUUAAUGAGAGAGGAUCUUCAUCAGAGGAUUCAGACUCACACCAGACUGGAGGGAACAACUGGAUUAUUAUAUGUGUUGUGAUCGUAAUCAUCAUCAUCAUCAUCUGUGUGUCUGUGUACUACAGCAGGGUGAAAGUAUCUUCAUGUCUCAGACGUGCCACCAACUCCAGUGAACAGGAUGGAAACAGACAUCAUCACAGUGUUCAGAACAACACAACGUCCGACAGUGUGACGUACACAACAGUCAACACACAACCACAGAGUUAAUGACCAACACAAGAUGGUCUGCUCUGAUCUCAUCAUGGAUUUCAGAUCAUCUUAAACUUCAUCCCUGCACCACUGAGCUGAUGUUCAUCUCUGGAGCUUCAUCACCAUGUCAGGAUCUUCUGAUUUACUGCAGAACUCUCAGAUCACACAUCAUGGACCAUCAGUUACUCUUCUAUCUAACCUGACGUGGUCUUGGUCAUGUGAUGUUACACUAAAUAAUGAACUGUGAACAGCUUUAAUUUUUACAUUUAUAUUUUUAUUUGUUGUUUUAUUUUGAUGUAGUUUGUUGUGUUUACAUUGCAGCAGUGGACACAAUAUGUACAAUGGCUGAAGUCAUGUGUAGGAACUUUAUAGUUGAGGAGGAAUCUGGGUUCAGCUUCUCUCAGUAAUAUAAAUUAAUAACAUGUACUGCUACUGAAGUUUUAUUACAGGGGAGUUUUGUGUGUGUGUGCGUGUGUGUGGGGCAAUUGGCCACUUAAAUCCCUUUUCUCAUGAUUGGAUGCAUCUGUCUAUGAAGUUCAAGGCUUAAUGAGCUACCAAACCAAUUCUGUGUUCCAAUUAAUCAGUGCUAAGUAAUUACAGGUAUUCAAAUUAACAAAAUGGCAAGGGUGCCUAAAUUUAUGCACCUGUCUAAUUUUGUCUUGAUUCAUAUUGUGCAUUUUCUGUUAAUCCAGUAGAACUCAUUUCACUACUGAAAUAUUACUGUGUCCUUCAGUUAUUUGAUAGAUCAAAAUGAAAUUGCUGAUCCAAACACCCAAAUUUUAGGGAUGAGCGAGUACAGCAUUAUCUGUAUCUGUACUCGGAGUGGGUGGGGCCUAACCCGGAACCUUGUCUUGAAAUGGGCGGGGCUUUAACCAGUAAUAAUUAAUUUGUAAUAUUUAUAACACUAGCUUACUACCUUUUUAUGUUUUUAUGAAAUACAGCAAAAACAUGUCAGACACUCAGUGUCUGGUUACUGGUUAGAGACAGCUGAAGGUUUAAAAAAGAAAAAAAUCUCCGACAGGCAGAGACACGAUGCGAGUCGCAUUCUACCAAGCAAGCACCACGUCUGAACGAACCCACGUUUACCGGAACUCUACUGGUUAGUAAGUACGUAUUAUUAACGUUACAACCCGAAGUAAAAAGCUGAAGAAACCCUAAACGUUAACGGAAAAGACCCGCGAACCCGAGUGACUGAGGGAGAGACA